AUGGACAGUGAUAUAAUUGAUGAAGAAUUUAUAUAUGGAAAAAAUAUAGAAAAAAUAAGAAAAAAAAAAGAACUAAUUUUAGAUUGUUUAAAAUAUGUAGUUGACCCAGACUUAAAAAAAAAUAUAGUAGAGUUAAAUUUUAUUCGUAAUUUAAAAAUUCAUGAAAAUGAGAAAAGCAAAUAUAUAGUAGAGUUCGAUUUAAAUUUAACAACCCCUGCUUGUCCAGUCAAAGAAGAUUUGAUCUCAGAAUGCAAAAAACAACUGAGUUCAUAUGAAUGGAUAGAGAAAAUAAACAUUAAUACAACAUUUAUAAAUUUUUAUGACAAAAAAAAAAAUAAUAAUAAAAUUGAGAAUAUUAUAUUAAUAUACAGUUGCAAAGGAGGAGUAGGAAAAUCUUUUUUUUCAGUUAAUUUUUCUUUCUACUUAAAAAAAAAGGGAGCAUCAGUUGGACUUUUAGAUGCUGAUAUUAAUGGUCCAAGUUUACCUACUUUAUUACCAUUCGAUCAUACGUACGCUAAAUUUAAAAGAAUUAGAAAAAAAAAAACAAAAAAUAAAAUUUUUUAUGAGAAAGAGAAAAGAAACGAGAAAACUGGUUCUGAUAUUAUUAAAAAAGAGAGCUUAGAAGAUAUGCAUUUAUUUGGUACAAAUUUAAAUAAUGAGAAAAGUUUAGAACAAGGAGAAUUAAGAAAACAUAUGAAGGAAAAGAGAAAUAAUAAUGAAACAAAUAAAUACAUACAUAAUGAAAGCAAAAUAAAGAAUAGUAUAAAUGAUUAUAUAUGUCAUCUUGAUAAUACUAUAAAUAAUAAUAUAUAUAGUAAUGAUUGUGAUUCGUAUGAUAAAGAAAACAAAGAAAGUUCUGAUGGAAAAAAUGAUGAUGAAGACAAUUCAUCUAUGAUUGAACCGCUAGUGUAUAAUGAUGUUAAAUUAAUGUCAUAUGCUUAUAUAAAAAAUAAACACAAUUUAGGAUUUGCUUCUUUUAGAGGGCCUAUAUUAAAUGAAUUAAUAAAAGAAUUUUUAAAUAAUGUAAACUGGGGAAUCUUAGAUUAUUUAAUCAUUGAUAUGCCACCAGGAACAAAUGAUAUACAUUUAAAUUUAUUAGAAUCAGAAAAUAUUGAUGGCAUAAUUAUGAUAAGUACUCCAAAUGAUUUAUCGGUUAAUGAUGUAGAAAAAGGAAUAAACAUGUGUAAUUACUUUAAUAUUCCUAUUAUAAGUCUAAUUAUAAAUAUGAAUUAUUUUGUAUGUGAUAAUUGUGAUAAGAAACAUUAUAUUUUUAAUAAUAGUAAUAUUGAGUCUCUAAAAAAGAAAGUUAAUAAUGUAUAUGAAAUCCCUUUUCAUUCCUUAUUAUCAAAAAAUGUUUAUUAUAAUAAUGAUGAUAAUCAAAAAAAGUUCCCAUUUAUUUUAGCCUAUGAAAAUCAUUUUUUAAUUGAUGAACUAGAAUAUAUUUUUCAAAAUAUUAUAAGAGAAAUUUCUAUUUUAAAAUAUAAUCAUACCUUAAAUUUGCCUUCUCUGCAAAUUUAUAAUAAAAAUUACAUUCAAUUAAGUUUUGAUACUAUGGAGAAUAAGUAUGUUUUUUCAGAAGAUGUGUUAAUUUGCCAUAUAAAAACAAUACGAUUAAAAUGUAAAUGUGAUAUAUGUAAAUUAAAAAAAAAGAAUGGCAAAAAGGUUUUAUUAGAUUAUAAUUUAUACGUAAAAGAAAUAAUAAAGUUAGGUAUUUAUAAUGUUAAAAUUAUAUGGUCUGAUCAACAUGUGUCUAUUUAUUCAUACGCUUAUUUAAAACAUAUAUUUCAAAAAAAAAGAUUGAGCAAUAGUAGUGUAUAUUGUCAAUCUAACAACAAUAUAAAUUAUGAAUGGUAA